GCGCCGAGGGAGCAGCGGUGGUGCUCCGCGGGCCCAAGUCACCGCUGUGGCUGUGCUCCUGCGGCUGCGCAUCCAACUGGGCCAGCAGGCUCAGGUGCCGUGAGUGCGACCGGCGUUGCUCCACCAAGGUCGAGGACGCCGCCAGGAAGGCUCACAAGGAGGCGCUCAAGGGUGGGCCCAAGCCCGACAGCCACCCGCAGCCCCGCGGUGCAUGGGCGCGGCAGAAGCUGGCCCCCUGGGAGCACGACAAGCUCCAGAGGCAGGACAGCGAGCUGGCGGCCCUGCGGCAGCAAGUCGAGGCACUCAAGGCCGACAGCGCCAAGGCCAAGCUCACUGCACUCAGCGACCUCAAGGAGGAGCUGCAGAAGCUUGGGCGAGGUGAGCAGGCCACGAGCUGCGUCAAGGCCGUCGAGGCCAAGUACUCUGAGCCGCCCAAGCCCAAGAGCCUCCCAGCCUUGGAGGGGCAGCGCAGGAAGCUCGGGGGCCAGCUCCAGAAGGCCCUCGCCAUGGUGGCGGAGCUCGAGGACCAGCGCGGCAAGCUCGACCAGAGGAUCUGCGAGGCCAAGGAUUCGGCCGCCGAGCUCAAGUGCAAGCUGCAGGCGGCGGACGCCGAGAUCGAGCUGGAGCAGUUCAAGGCUACGGCUGUGGAGAACCAGGCCGUGCUGCAGGGCCUCAUCCAGCUGCAGGACGUCGUCAAGAAGGAGCAGGAGACCCUGGAGGCAGCGGACGACGCUGCUACUGGCGAUGGCGAUGGUGAUGACGCUGCUGUCCCAGGCAGCGGGGAUCCACACGAGGGUGUCCCAGGCAGCGCAGGGCCCAGCUCAAGCGGCCUCGGGUUUGAUAGCGUAUGGCUAUACACUGUCAACGCGAACACCGAGAAGGGCUAUCGCGACUUCCUCGACUGGCUUGACGGCCAGCACAGCCUCGUGGAGGCUGAGCCGAAGAGGCUGCCAGCCGCAGACAUCACCUUCGUGCAGGAGACGCGUGUGCGGGCCUUUGGCAGGGAGGCAGUCCAGCGCUGGCAUCGGAAGCGCGGGUUCGACUUCGACCUGGCCGCAGGACUCAGCACGGGGGACGGGCCUCAGGCAGUCUCAGGCGGGGUAGGCAUCGGAGUGCGGCAGCGGUUCGCGGCAGCCACGCUCGACACCGCUUUCAAGCAGCCCCACCGCGUGCUGCGGCGGGUGGUCAACAUUGGCGACGGGCUCGCCAUCGAUCUCCUGUCCAUCUACCUCCGCGACGGGGAGGGCAUGAGCGAGGCCAACGCAGACAUUCUCUGGGAGGUUGCGUCGCAGCUCAGGGUGGCGGUGCGGCCGUGGAUCCUGGCGGGCGAUUUCAACAUGGACCCCCUCCAGGUCGCGGCGUGGGCUGCGACGGCUGGAGGUCUCGUGCUACAUACAGGUGCAGCGACCUGCAGGGCGGGGGCGCUUCACGAGCUCGACUACGCAGUCAUCUCCGACGAGCUCCAGCAGUUCGUGUUCAGCCACGGGCCGGUGGUCGAGGCCCCCUUCGGGCCACACAGCCCCGUCCUGUUGGAGGCGCGAGGGCUGCAUGCAGACGCCGCGGUGCAGCAACUUCAUCGGGCAGCGCGGCUGCCGUUCGAUCGGGCCAUCGGCUGUCUGCCCCGCGUCCCGCUGCCUGCCUGGACUUGGGAGGAGGGCGCGGCCCCCCCCAGGCCGCGAGAUGCCAUGCAGGAGUGGCUACGGCACGCUGAGGGUUACCUUCUCCCACUCUUCGACCUACACGGGGACGAGGCUCAGAAGUUCGCUGGCAGGGGCGACGGAGUGCGCUUCGUCAACGUGCCGCUCGCGGACGCUAGCCGCCGCCGCUGGGCUCGACUCAGCUCGCAGGAGACCCACGCCUGGGGCGGCCUGGUCAGCCUGCUGCAGCGCGCAGACCUGCUGGUGGCACGGGGGAAGGACCUACAGGGCGUGGCCAGCCUGCGUGCACGCCUGGCAGCGCUGCGCCUUGGCGACUACGACGGCACCAUGGCCCCUGCGCCCAGGGCUGCGCUCGGAGCUGCGGCGACCUCCAGCGACGCGGGCUUGAGGAGGAGGCUCAUCGAGCAUGCGCGGGCCCAGCAGCAGGCCUGCCGGCGCCGCGGCGCAGCUGCCGCCAGGAGGCAGUGGCAGGACUGGGCCAAAGGCUCGACCACAGGCGGGGGGAAGCUGGCUCACCGUUUCUCCAAGCCUGAGCCGCUGGCCAAGGCGACCCUCGUCACGGAGGACGAGGCCGAGGGGGGGGCCCUGCCAGUCAACGGCGACGAGGCAGUGCGGCAUUGCCUCAAGGAGUGGCUCCCGCUAUGGCUGGACCCUCGGCGCAGAGGAGGCCUCGAGGAAGCGGCCAGCUGGGAGGCGCCAGAGCCGCUGCCGAGGCUCGAGGUGGACAGCCUCAGGCACCUGCUCAAGCGGUACGGGAGGAAUUGGGAGGCUCAGCACCACGAGGUUUGGUACAUCGGCGGGGAGCUGAACGCGUGCGAGAGGGCAGGUUGGGUGCAUCAGACCCUCACGGCCCUGGCCUACGAGAAAGGCCUCAGCACGGGCACGGUCCUCGGGGACCUACGGAAGUUCUACGAGAAUAUCAGCCACAAGGAGCUCCUGGUGGAGGCGCAGGCCACGGGCUUUCCUGUUAAGCUCCUCAGGGCAUGCUGCGUAUCGUAUUCUGGCUACAGGGUCGUCACGGUCGACGGAGCAUGCAGCUCGCCCUUUCGGGCUACUGGUACGGUGCUGGCAGGCUGCUCCUGCGCGGCUGGGAUAGCCAAACUGCUCCUCUUCCGUUCUUUCAAGAAGGUGGCGGCCUUCUACCCCAGCGUGCGACUGGGCAGCGUUGUCGACGACUUCACGCUCCAGACUGUGGGCACAACGGGCAUGGUCAAGGCAGUGCUGGGCCCCGCCACCCGCAUGCUGUUGGGCUGCUUCGACGAGAAGCGGGUGCCCGUCCACUUCGGGAAGCUCUGCUACCUCACCCCCGACGCAGAGGUGGCAACGCAGCUGGAGUCGGAGUGGCCCGCUGAGGACGGCAGGGCGCUGCGCGGCAGGCUGCUAGGCAACGACGUACAUGACGGGCGCUGGAGGCGCGCAGCCAUCGGGGCACAGCGGGUCGAGGAUGCUCUUGCAAGGUCUCGGAGGCUGCAGGUGCUGAAGUCAGCUGGGGCGAAGGUGGCCACGGUGCAGAGGGGAGGUGCUUCGGUCGGCCUGCGGCUGAGGUGCUUCCCCAGAGGCGUCGAGGGAGACCCAGCGGUGGUGAGCGCAGGGCAGGUGGUGCUGCAGUUCGGCAUGGCGCUCUGGCUGGGCUACCCCACUCCUUUCGCCCUCAACGCGCUGCUGGAGAAGGCCAAGCAGCGGUUCUCGACGGCAAAGCGGCCCUGGGCAACCUGCAGAGACCCCGUGGCAGCCUUUUUCCUUACCAUCACCAGGCUUGGCUGGACCAUCGAGGGCGGCAGGCACGAGCUUGCAGAGGGGGCGGCCAAGAGGUGGUCCGACCGCGACGCCACCUUCAGGCUGUACCCCCACCAGAGCUCGGACCUGUACUGGGGCUCGCUGCAGAGGCUCGGCAGGUCCAAGGAGUCGCUCGGCUGGCAGCAACAUCGGCGAGCGGCUCUUCACUCGGUCAUUUCAGGCACGGUUCUCUCCCAGACGCGGCUCUACAAGAGAGGGUUGGCCUCCGAGUGGGACUGCCUCAUGUGCAGGGGCGCGCCAGGCACGCUCUGGCACAGGCUGUGCGGCUGCGAUGGGCAUGCGGCAUAUCGCAAGGACGAGGCCCCACCUGAGCUCCUUCGGCACGCAGAGGUGGCUCGAGCUGCUGGAGGGAACUGCGGCGAGAUGUUCGCCAGGUGCCUCUUCCCGUCGCUCGACCACCGUGCUGGCUGGUCGCUCGUGCAGUGCGACAGGCAUGGGCGCCUUGUGGCUGCUGCGUGGGGAUGGGUGCCCCUCUCCAUGGCGCCGCGGCAGGAGGCGAGAGAUGGCGAGGACUACGCGUGCCACAUGGCGGCCUUCCUCUGCGAGGGCCAUGUCGACUUCCAGACGGACUGCGCUGGGGCGGUGGCGUGCGCCCAGAGGGGAGCAGCAUGGGCAUGUCGCCCAGGGUCGGCAAGGGCCCACCUGUGGAACGCUUUCUACGCCUCCUUCGACGGCUCGCGCAGCUACACGGUCACCAAGGUGCUGGCCCACGCCUCCGUCGCCGACGUGGAGGCAGACCGCGCGACCUGGUGGCAGCGGGCAGGCAAUAUGCUCGCAGACGAGGCGGCGAAGGAGGGAGCGAAGCUGGCGCUGGGCGACGACCAGCUGGACUUUGCCUACGGCCUCGACCGCAUCGCACGGCAGGCGAUGAUCUUCACGGGCAAGCUCCACGCGCGCAUGGCGGAUCGGAAGCUGCUCGACCAUGGCAGCGACGUCAGCCUGGAGUUCUCGGAGCCCGAGGCGGGCUACGAGGAGCACGCGACCGGCGGGGGCCACGCUGCCGAGCGAGCCGUAACGGGGCCAGGUACGGACGGCACCACUAUGGUCCACUGUGUGAAGUGCUACGCCUACGCCCACCAGCGCAUGCAGGGCAUCCUCGGGCCGUGCGGCUCGGGAGCAGGUCGUGAGCCACAGAUCGAUAGGAUUCGCAAAGGGCUUUUCCCCAAUGUGAAGGGCGGGCGUGGAGCCUGGCGCCUCGGGGAGCAGCUUUUUCCCUCUGAGGCUUGGCGUGCGAAAUUCAGCCAGAGGCUUGCGCCUGCCGCCGCCCCCGAGGCCAGCAGGGCCUCGGGCAGCGGGCAGCAGGGCCCUGCUCAGCGCCUGACCCGCUCGCGAGCGCUGCUGCGUUUCGGGGUCGGGCCCGAGCAGGAGGCCGACUUCCUUUCCCUGUCGACCAUGCAGCGAGCCGAUCGGAGGUCCAAGGGAGACCCCGACGAGCUCGAAGGGGAGGCUUCCGACUAA